AUGCGCUUCGAUUUCCCGUGUUUACACGAUGUCUGGUGUUGUUGUUGUCGCGCUUUGCUGCCAGGUCGGAAUGUGGGCGGGCCAUUGCAGCUGGAGGGGGACGUGCAGAGAUUUGCAGAAACCUUGGCCCCGGCAGCAGCCACUGCAGUGGUGCGCGAGGAGAGCGUACUAAAGAGCGUAGUCGAUCUCGAUGCCGUGCGGCGCAAUCUGCCGGCAGGGGUUCAUACCAGCGUUUUUCUGGCCCGCUACAUGCGCCGUGCGGACCUCGCUCAGUUUCUUGAUCCUCUCCUGGGCCUCAAAUCACCUUGGUGGAGUGACGCUGGUCGCACUGCUGCUUCGGUACAUGGCUCGGUGGUACAAGCACUCUUUCUAACCAAAUCAGCCAAGCUCGCGCUGACGCAGGCCAACGAGAAGCAACGCAAAGACAUUGUAACAAGAAACAUUGCGUUUUUGCUGCCAUGCGGCAAGAAUCGUGUCAUUGCGGCCAUUCGCAGCCCAGAGGUUGCGGCUCAGCUUCAGCUUCUCAACCGGGUGCUUGGCGUGUAUAAUCUCAAAGCCACCUUGGUAACGCGCGACGUGCUACGCCCGCCCACAAGCGGGCGGUCCCACGAGAAUGCCGAGCCUGGUGCAUCCAGCACAGGCACUCCAGCCACGAGCAUGACCUCAAUUCAGCGCCAGGUCUUUGAAGUGCAGUACGUUCCUCACUUGAACGAGGAUCCGCAAUUCCAGCAGCAUGCUGCGCACGUUCAACAAGACUUGCUUGGCUUUCAGGUUCAGAUCCAGCCUACUAGCCUAGUGGCCAGUGGCUAUAACUCCGCGACAUUCGGGGCCCCUACAGCAUCGGCUCGCUUUGACGGCCCGUCUAACUCAACUUCAAUCGCUGCCACCGCUGCUGCAGGCGGCGGGUACGGCAGUAUACUCGCGAAUGGUGCUCCUGCAGGUCCUUUGAGCUCUGCACCAAACAACGAGGAAAACUACGCCCAAUCUCGAACCUACGCGCUUAGCGUGUUACGUCGAGCUCAGCAAGAACUACAAAAGCCGGGGGUGGCUGUGGCCUUGGAUUCAGAUCUAGACCACAUGGGCCGCAUGAUCGAUGCUGUCAGAGGUGUCAACCCCGCCUCGCCUAUCCCGACCGAUGUCCCCUUUACAGAUCGCCCUUCAGCCGCUUUGGCCAGUGUAUUGCAGCAGAUUGUCCAGAUUGCAGAAGGCAGGGAGCCCUGUGCAUUUGAUGGCCUGAGUCAAGGCACCAUCUGGACCUGGGGCGUGCGGCUGUUACAAAUGUUUCCACCCAAUGGCAGCUGCGAGGCCGUUUCAAACAGCUAGUUGGUUGGCAAAGAUUUUAGGUGCCUCCAGGCACGGUGUCGAUGAGACAGGCACAUUUGUCUGUGUGUCUCUGCCGUUCGAGAGCGUAAAUAGAAGACUUAACAUGUAAAUGAACGUAGAAGUCAGUUUUUUUUUCUUUUUUUCUCUUUUUGAUGCCGCCAAGAAUUGACAAGAAUUAAAUU